AUGGCCGGGUUGUUAGAGGCAUAUCCAACCACCCAUCUCUGGCUGGUUGUUCUACUUCUCCUCGGAGUCCUUUGGAUAUGUUUGAAAGGUGCUACUGGUACCCGAAAGGUGCCAGCUACUGGCUUCCCAGUUAUCAAGCUAAAAUCAAAUGACAUGGAACCAGGUAUUAUCGAAGGAUCCAAGCUGUAUCCAGACCAGCCUUAUGAAAUCCAAGUCCCGGCAAAGCAGAUGAUAAUUCUACCUCGUAAAUACUUGGAUGAGAUUAAGCGGUUUCCCGAGAGCCAGAUGAGCUUCAAGGCUCUUGUUAAAGACGCAAUGGCUGGAGAGUAUACUAUGAUCGCAACCCACGAUCAUAGCUUGGUGACUGCUCUGCGGCGUGAUCUGACUCAAAACAUAGUGCAUGCCCACGAGCUGCUCCAGGAAGAAGCUAUCUCAGUCGUUAAAACCAAGCUUGGAUUUUGUGGGAAUGGCUCCCAUGUAUUCAUGCUUUGGAAGGUGCUGACAAUAGGUAUCAAGCUGGGAUGUAUAUUGAAAUAUACUGAAGAUGCAUUCAAAGCUGGUAUGAUUCUGCAUAUGACUCCAAGCAUAAUCCACCCGCUUUUGAAUAUGUUUCUUCCGCAGCUAUGGGCUGUGCGACGGCAUUAUGCUACCGUUAAAAGGUUGGUGACGGCAUACCUACUGGUACGGCUGCUUAAACCGAUCCUUGAAGAACGCAUUGAAAAGCUCAAGGACCCUGCAUAUAAGCCUCCAAGGGAUAUGAUCCAAUCCUUCAUUAAUAUCAACCCGCAAAAAGGAAUGUCCUUGGAUUUUCAGGCCACAAACCAACUCAUGGCCGCUUUUACAUCAAUGCAUACAACCUCCAUGAAUGCCUGCCAUGCAUUAUUCCAUCUUGCUGCGGCACCAGAACACGUGGCCCCUUUGAGGGAAGAGAUUGAGACGGUUUUAGCAGAAGAGGGGGGUCUCACUUCUAAGGCUGCCAUGCAGAAGCUCCGCAAGCUGGACUCCUUCCUUAGAGAGACUCAACGGUUAAACCCAUCGUCAUUCGUUGGCAUGGAACGCAAAGUGUUAGUCACUACAAAGCUAUCUGAUGGUACGGUUCUACCAGCAGGGUCUAUACUUGGGUUCGAUUCUUUCCAGAUAAAUUAUGAUACUCAGCUAUGGGAGAACCCUGAGAAAUUUGAUGGAUUCAGAUUCGCAAGGCUACGGGCUGCUGAUGGAAAUGACCACAAGUACCAAGCCACUUCCAUUGGACUUGAGAGUCUCUCGUUCGGCCUGGGAACACAUGCUUGUCCUGGUAGAUUCUUUGCUAUUAACGAAACCAAAAUUCUCCUUGCUCAUUUGAUAAUGAAUUACGAUUGGGCUUUCCCAGACGGACAAGGACGACCGAAAAAUUUUACUCUUAUUUCUGCUCUUCUUAUCAAUCCAGAGUCUGAAGUAUUAUGCAGGCGAAGACAGUAA